AUGACGCGAGAGGCAGAAAAUACAUUCCCCGCGAUCCUUCUCGACUUAAAGCCAGGGACAAUGUAUGCGAUCAGAUACAGUCCUGGUGGUCCUUUACUUAGACCUGACAACUUCGGGCACUAUGCUGAAGGGGCCGAUUUGGUAGAUCAAAUAUGCGAUUACAAUCAAGGUUUCCAGAUUGCCCAUUUGCUAGAUGGCGGGACGAGGCCCGGUAUGGGCACGCUUUUGAUUUCAAGAAUCAAAGAAGAUUUCCCCGAUCGAAUGAUGACCGCCUCCGAUGCCGUCGCUGGACCUUGCAAUGCCAUGCUCUUCACGAAACACUGGAUUCAUGAAGCGGAUGAGACUUUCUGCUUCGACACUGCAGUCAUAUCUGGAGUCUCGGUGUGCCUUUACUUUCCAAGCGAGCUAAACCCGGAUAUGUGCAAGCUCUUAAGAUGGUUCCGUUUGCCCAUUUGA